UUUACAAAGCAGCGCGCAGCCUGCUUCGCCUCAAGGGGAGAGCGCGCCUGAGAGGUUGAGAGACUGGGUUGUACUACGCCGCCACGGAGGCAGGCUCACGCUGUUGGUCGCUUUCGCCGAAGACGACAACGCUCGUUCUAGUGGCCCCACUGUUUACUUAAGUGCUCGUCGCAUUCGUGCAAAACUUACACGUCUGCUCCUUUUUUGUUUGUGUGUGUCGUCUGCUACGACUUCAAUUUGGAUAAACCGAAACUAUUGUCUGGAUUUCACUCGGCAGUGUCUCUGCUAUCGUGAAGCGCUGUAGUCUGCUUGAGCGUGGGUAAGAUCGUCUGCUUCACAGCGAAUUUGACACAGCGGCAGCGUGCAGACAGCUGACUUUGAUUUCCCUUGAGAGGACUUCGUUUUGUGCGACAGAAGAUCUCCUGUUGACGGCUGGAAGAUCUGCAGCUGAUCUUGAAGCGAGCGUCUCUUCAAGAAAAAAAGUGUAUUCUGAGGAGUGUUCAAGAAGCAGCAGCUGGAUUCACUGUUAGUCUACACCGUCUGGUUACCUGGGUAUAUUACAGGUUGCGAUAAUUUAAGCCUGAGUGAACGUCGGCGUCUCUGCGUCAUUUUGUUCGCGGAUUGCAGACGACGCAGUGUUUGCCUCUGCCGAGCCAUCGAUUGCAAGCAAUUACAGUUUUUCUGCGUAAGCGAGGCACGGUUUCGCAAGCUUCUCCGGAAGGCCAAUUAGCGACUGGCAGUACGGACGCCUCGCUGGAGUGACUUCGUGACUCGAGUUCAUAUGAGAGAUAAAUUGCUUGGAGGACUUAUUCCCGGAGACACGUCCCCUGCUGAUGCGCUCACGUUCUGAACAACUGUCGUAAGAAGUGGCUAGCAUUUCUUUUCCUGUUCAGCGACAUCCGCGUGGGAAGUACGAAAAUCGACGAGACAAAAUCAGGUUUGGAGUUUUUACUGCCUGCUCUAACGAUUACAUUACAAGACGUGACGCCUACAAACGGGCGGGCAUUGCACUAUUACGUGCUUGGAGUUUCACCGACGCCUGCUAUUUGACGACACGGACAAUCAUUAACAUUGAAGUUUGGGGACGAUAACACUUGUUUUCGCAAACAUCAACAACUGGAUACUGCCCGUAUUUGGAAAAUGAGCACUAUGCGUAAAAUACUAGUGGUCUAUUUGGAAUUUCUUCAAUCGAAAGGAACCUCCCAUCACUGAACUUAUGUGGCAUGGUCUGAACAGCUUUCGAAGGAUUUAGUUGCAUCUGAAGUUAUCGAUAAGCAUCGCUGAAAUGUGAAGUGGCCUAAAACGACUGCGCGAAGGCUCUCCAAGUUCUACUGGCUGAACCUGUUAACUGCAUUUCUGGGAUUGCAUUUCAUGGCAUUAAAUAGUCCCAAAACUGGAUCGAACUCGUCGCGUUCGAUCACGUUACAAUUAUUCACAGCACAGCAAAGACGCCGUCAAGUUUGUUGAGAAUAUAAGCUUACUCUAUUGCAAAGCAAGACUUAGGGUACCGUCGUUCACAACCUGGACCACAAGUGACCACUUAAGUAAACCGCCGCGAGGAAAACCGAGUGGGGCGACUGUAUACGUUACUCACCCUCCUGCACAAAUAGGAAGCGGUUGCGAACGAACUGCCACAGUGCGCUUCUGACGAGCCCGCGAGUGUUCGCACUUCUGGACCUUCGACGUUCGUAGUGACGCCUCCGGUGCUCCGAGCCGCAUGGCGUCCGCCGGCCUACACUCCAGACGACGCAGCUGCGUCGCCUCCCUGACAGGCAAACCGGGCGAACCGUCAACGACGGGCUCGGCGUCGGCACCGGCGGGCAUCGUGCCCGAAGUCCGGACCACGGGUGUCCUGUUUCACGACAGCAGACGCAGCAGUCUGUCUCGCCCGAAAAACGAAAGUCACGCCGCCCGGUCCGACGGUUCCCCCGCGAAGGCGCCCAGCUGGCGUCUCCAUCUGCAACCAUCCAACAGCGGUUCGCCGUCCCACACGUCUUCAAGUGCUGGGGCCACACAGUGCAAAGUGGUCGAGCCGAUGACGUCCACCGCGGGUUCGGGUGGAGAGACCAAGACGACCACCUCCUCUUGGAUGACAAACAGAGGUCACGCCACUGCGUCGGCUGCUACGGCAGCCCUGAACCUGGUGACAUGUCCGGUCACGCCGGUGCAGAACGGCAAAGCGGAAACGGUCCGGAACUCCCCCAAAGUGAGGCCACGCUUCUCACCUAACCGGAGUUCAACGCCGAGCCGGUCGAGCCGGCAUUCCUUCUCGGUAGACUGUGGUGAUGUCAUGCCUGGUAUGAGCCCUCACGGGUCGCUGCGCGGUCGGGGAGGCGGAACCGGAAGCGGCUCCUUCCUCAGCGUGACCGGUUCGCACGGCCACACCAGCUCCAGCGCCACCGUCAGCCCCGACGCGUCGGCGACCAACAAGUACCGGCUGGUCGUGCUCGGCGGUCCCCGCGUGGGCAAGUCGGCCAUCGUGCACCGCUUCCUGCACGACAGGUUCCUGCACGACUACAGCGCCACCGUGGAGGAGUUUCACCGCGGCGAGUACGACGUCGGCGGCGGCGCCACCGUCGCGCUCGACAUCCUGGACACUGGGGGGAGCUUCGAGUUUCCCGCCAUGCGGCGCCUCGCUAUCGACUCCGGCGACGCCUUCCUCCUCGUGUAUGCGAUCGACGAACGCGACUCGUUCGAGCUGGUCCGCAAGCUGCGCGACGACGUGCUCGCGGCGCGCAAGGCGCCCCCUAUGGUCGUCGUGGGAAACAAGACGGACCUCGAGUCGCACCGCCAGGUGCAGUCGCAGAUGGUCGAGCCGAUCGUCUGCAUCGACUGGGAGCACGGGUGGGUGGAGUGCUCCGCGAAGGACAACACCAACAUCGCCAGAGUCUUCCAGGAGCUGCUGGCUCAGGCGCACUUCAAGAGCAAGGUUGCCAAGGCGACGCAGAGCCGGCGCAUGUCGCUUCCCGUGAACAGCUUCAGCCGGGACCAGCUCAGUCCGGUGUUCAGGCCCAAGGGCUCGCGGAAGAGGACAAGCUGCGCCGUCUCCUAAGCCAGCGACGGGGAAAGAACCGCCGAUGAAAGGCAGCCGGAUCGCCCUUACCUGUCUCGCAACCCACGUCGGUUCAAUGUUUCCACUGAGAUCAGGGGGAAGGGUAGCAGCACUGCAUUUUCACGUGACCGGAUGGCGCGGGAACCCGACGCAAGCAGCUACCCCAGUGUUUCCUGAACCUCGCAACCGCGUCUUCUUUCUUUUUGCCGUCUUCGGGUGCUCGUUUUUCGCGAGCUUGAGCUGCAACGUAGCGUUGCUUGGAGAACGGAGUCGUCUACUCUCUCAAAAAUGUAUUCAAGACUCUAUAGAACAUCUAUAGAUGAUUUUCAUUUGAACUCUUUGUAUUGUGCA